GGUGCAGAUGUCUGUAUUAGUAGCUGAUACUCAGUCACAACCCCCUGUUACCCUGCCUGUCGAUACCUCCCUGCUGGAUGGACCAAUAAGGAACUGUGUUGCUCCAGAGAAGGGGGCCAUGCAGAAAAAUGAGGACAUGUCAAUAGAGGGUUCAGGGGACGCUGGCACAGGAGUGAAAGAAACUGGGGACAGCAGCGAUGUGGAGAUGAGGUUGCUGGGGACGGCAGGCAGGAAAUGGUCAGCGGUUAGAGGCAGAGGAGGGAGGGGUAAGGUGGGAGCUACGUUUGCGUCGAAAAUGGAAGUAGACGUCGGAAUGAAGAUGGGCUCUGCAGGUGGUGUUGUCGGUUCUAAGACAGAUGCCUUAACUGAAUCAGUGUUAGCACAUGUGCACAAGGAAAACAAGGAUGCAGAGAUGGAGCAUGAAGAGCAGAAAGACUCCAUUUCCGUUAAAUCUCCGUUAGGAAACGGAGAUACGAUAAACCUGUCUGAAACAGAACUUGAAGGGGAGGACAGCAUGAACUUGACUAAACCAGAAAAUGGAAUACUCCCCAUUUCAGGGCAGUCAGGUUCUGCUUCAAGCCCAGGAACUCCCCAGGACCUCGACUCUGCGAUGCAGGUGGACGAGACUCCUGACAGAACAGACUCGGUGUCCUUACCGGAAACUCUUUCCAACGGAAACGCCACCACACCAACAGACCAUGACCACAGACCCACACCUACGGAGAUGGAAACGCUUUCUUCUCCAAACCAGUGUCCGGUUUCAGUGAGCAGCAUGCAGCACAGCUGGGCAUUAAGAGAUCACAGGCUGUACUGUGCGCCAGGGACCUGGGAGAAACAGCAGGUGGAAGAAGAGUCAGGUACAGAUCAGUCAAAGGAAACACACGGAGGAGAGAUGGAUGGAAAGAUGCUGAAUAAUGAAAGCCUGGAGCAGCUUACUGAUAUGGUCCACGAAUUUCUGGAGAGCUUCUAUAUAAAAUAUGGCAGUUUCAUUCCUCUGAGUGAGACAGAUGUCCUGGAGUACCUGAAGAAGAACGGCAACUGUGACCUCAGCAACAAGGGACUAAACAUCAAAGGGGAGAUGACUCGGUACAGGGCAGGGCUGGCCUCUGCUCCUAUUUCGGGCUUCAUGGUGAUGUAUAACAAACACACACUGAGCCUGGAGGACCUUAGCACACUGGAGGAACAGAACUGGCUUAAUGACCAGAUUAUCAACAUGUAUGGAGAACUGAUUAUGGAGGCAACAGAGCACAAGGUUCAUUUUUUCAACAGCUUUUUCCACAAGCAGCUGGUUGCCAAGGGUUAUGAUGGUGUGAAAAGAUGGACUAAAAAAGUCGAUCUGUUCUCCAAGUGGCUGUUGCUAAUUCCCAUCCAUUUAGAAAUCCACUGGUCUCUCGUCACAGUUACUAUGGCAACCAAAACCAUCAAUUACUACGACAGCCAAGGCAUUGUCUUCAGACACACAACAGAUAACAUUAUGAAGUACCUUCAGUCUGAAGCUCGAGAGAAGAAGCAAACAGCUUUCCAGAAAGGCUGGAAGAUCACUAUCAUCAAGGGUAUUCCUCAGCAGAAAAAUGACAGCGACUGUGGAGUUUUUGUCCUCGAGUACUGCCGACGUCUCUCGGUGAAGCAGCCUCUGCAGUUCAGUCAGGAGGACAUGCCUCGCAUCCGCAAGAGACUCUACAAGGAGCUGUGUGACUGUCGCCUCAACGAUUGAAUUACUGAAUAACAGCCACCUUUACUCACUCACUGCUUACCUGGUUACAUGAGACGGUCUGUAUAAGCCUGUUUUAUUGACAGCCUGUUUCACUAGCUAACUCACAACCUGACUGUUUUCCAGGAAGUCACAACUGCCUGUGUGACUGACGGCAGUGGUUGGUCACUUUUGAGUUUUUGUGACUGAGUUCAAUAACUGUCUACUUCAGCAGAUUUUUACUUGCAAACUUGGAAAGAACUACUGAUAUGGCCCCCUACUGACAGCCCAAAAUGCUGGACACGUACACUUCAGGUUGCUUUUGCUUUCUACGUUUAGCAUCCCCAGCAGAUUUCAACCAAACAGCCAGUUGUAAGGACAUGGGCGCUCUUACUUGGACUUUAUAAUGCAGGUGUUGGACCAGCUCGGACCAAUACAAUGGACUUUUCCUUCCAAAAUGGAGUGGCCUUACAUCCCGGACGGCCAUUUUAAACUAAGUGACAUUUUUAACUGUUUAUUUUAUGCUGAAUUUAGUAACAGCAUCAUGGUUACAGUUACAGUUGUUUUCUAACAUGUUAUAAAGCUAGGAAGUGCGAUUCAGUGGACCAGCUUGUUCACUUAAAACUUGAAGGUUUGAGUUGGUUUUGUUCUCUUGGACUACAAACAUUUGCACGGUUAGAGGCCUACCCAUCGAAGACUUCAGAUUAUCAACUGAAUGUACUGAUGACGUCUUCUUCCAGGCUGCCUCGCAGGGUGGUGACUUAACACCGUACAGGCUAAUGGCACAUUUUGGCUGUGGCUUGAAACAGGGAUAUAAUUUUGCAAGUUAGUUUUUGUUUAUUCUUUGAGUGUCAGGUUUUUUUUGUCAACUUACUCCAAAUAAUUUCUUUCUCAAAUUCCAGUUUUCCCACCACAUUAUCCCGUGCAUUUUGUUUUGUUUUGCUGUGAUCACAUCCUUAUUGUAGGUUUUGCACAAGCAUUUUUUUCCCAGUUUUUUCAGCUAUAAGCCAUUGUUUGAUAACAGUUUGUUUGACUCCAUCAGUUUGUCAUGCUAGUUAUUAAAUUUCAUGUUAAGCUGUACAGCUAGCUGCUGAUGGGAGGACCACAGUUCUUGAUUUUUAACCAACCUUACACUGUCAAGACAAACUUCUUCAUAUAGAUGCAUUAACAGAUGCAGAAAGACUUGGUUAUAGUCUUGAUGUUGAAACAAGUGGACCUCACUUAUUUUCUGUCCAGCCUGGAUUUUGUUGUUAUAUUACCUUAUAUGUAUUUACAUACUGUAUUGUACUUUUACUUGCCAACUACUGUACAUGCUUGCUUUGGCUAAAAACCACAGUGGUUUAUUGACUGUUUUUAUUGUUAUUAAAAGGCCAAUACU